AUGGAUGAUAUUAUAACCCAAGGCCGGUCAGUGCAAGAGUCACUCACAAGACUUGAAAACGUCUUCAAGCGCCUUUUAGAAGCUAACCUCAAGUUGAAAGCUUCCAAGUGUGUCUUCUUUCAAAAGUCAAUUACUUUCCUUGAUCACGUAGUCUCCGAAGAUGGUAUUAGCACUGAUGAUAGUAAAAUAGAGGCAGUCAGAAAUUGGCCCAUACCAGUAAAUGCUAAGCAAGUAAGAAGCUUUUUUGGUUUAGCAGGCUACUAUAGAAAAUUUGUGAAAGGGUAUGCUGAAAUUGCGAGACCAUUGCAUAGAUUAUGCGAGAAGAAAGCGAAAUUCCUAUGGACAGAGGACUGUCAAAAUUCUUUUGAAGACUUGAAAGAGGCACUAACCACUGCACCAGUACUCUCUUAUCCAAAACCAGAAUGUCAAUUCAUCUUGGACACAGAUUCCUCUGAUAAUUCAACAGGUGCUAUCUUGUCUCAAGUAAUUGAUGAUAAAGAGCAUGUAAUAGCAUAUAAUGUCCAAGACAAUGAACAAAUACGAGCAGCAGUACUGCAUCACACGAAAAGAACUUCUUGCAGUUGUUCGAGCACUUAA